AUGGCCAUGUCAUCGGGAAUGUAUCAUAGACGAUGGGCUAAUGUUGGUAAUGAUAGUGGUAGCUCGAGAACAGUUCAGCGCAGCGAAAAUAUCACACAAACUAUCGCACCACAUACUUAUGGUACCAGGUUUUGGAAUUCGGUGCGUUGGAAUAAACCAUUAGAAAAUGGUAGAGGAUGUUGGAGUCGAACAAUGCCAUUUUUUGAAUCAAUCUCAAAGGAUUAUCGUACCAAAUCGUCUUAUUCGGUUCCUCCAUUAGAAUGUUUUGUCUCACAAUCUGCUAGCAAAAAUAACAUCGAAUUGAAGAACUCCGGUCCGCAUAUAAGGGAACGUUCCUCAUGUUUUGGAGAUUCUGUAUUAUCAAUGAUGAAUGAUAAAACAUCAAGCACAACAUCUCGACUUUCUUGGCUCUCUGAUAACUUGAAAAAUCGAAAAAACAUAACAUACAAUAAAGUCGCAAGAAAUUCAGGAAGAAAUGACUUCACCGCUAAUAGCAGAUGGACACCAACUUCAUCCUCUGCAUCUCGAUCCUUUCAAUCAAUACGAAAUACAGUUCCUGCUUUAUCAUCAUCAUCAGCUUCAACAUCACUUCAUAACAGGCCUUUCUUAAAUAAUACAUCACAAACGAUCAGUAGUAGUAAUCAUGGAAAUGCAGUGAUUAGAGCGGAUCGUCCAUGGCGUCGUCGCAUGGCUGACUCAGCACGUUUACGUAGUGUUCAUGGAGAUGAAAUUGGUGGUGCAGUAAAUUCAACGCUUGCAACAAUACGUGCACGUCUUAAUAGUAUACCAAAUGGACGCAAUUAUAUCAGUAAUAGUGCCAAUGAAUUACGAACUUCACUUACUGCAUUGAAAAACUAUAUAGAUGAACAAACUACGAGUUUUUGUCAACAGAACAAUCAGUUCUCAGCACGUGAUUCUCCAAUAUUCACUGAUAAGUUAUCUUUUGCUAAUUCUAUGAUAUCCGUUAAGCGACGCACUCCCACUCAUGGUUUUUAUUCUACUCAAUCGAAAUCAGGACGAUUUCCAGAAUAUAUGUCAAGAAGUUAUUCGCCAAUUCGAUCAAGAUCAAGCGCAUAUAAUAGUGCAAAAUUAUCUAAAUAUAAUUCUAUUUCAGCAGAUAUGUUGUUACGAUCGUUGCGAUUCUCAUCUAACGCUAAUAAUGUGUGCGAAAAUGUCAAAUCGCAUGUGUUAGAUCAGGUUAUUCGUAGUUCACCGAUACCAGAAAACAUUUGCGAGCGUGAAUCGAAUGGUCGAUUAUUAUCCAACAAAGAGAGAACAUUGCGUCAUCAUUUACGGCAACGGAAAUUAGGAGUGGAAUCAAAUUCUUCAUCUGAUACCGAACAACAACAACAAACUGAGAUACGUAAACCGAAGUUACGAAAACGAUCAAAGAAAAAAUUUAAAAAUGAAAGCAAAUCUGAGCGUGAACAGUUACAAGCAAAUGCGGAAAAACGAUUGAUGAUAAUUGAUAAUAAGAUGAGUGUGAAGACUGAUACUCAAAAGGAAAAUGCUACUGAUGAGAUGGAAAUGCAACGAAAUCAAAUUUUGAAUAGUGCAGAAGAGACAUCAUCUUUGAUAACUUUUCCGGCAGCAUACAGUAUGGAAUCAGAUCUGAGCAUGAAGUCGACAGAAUUCGAUCAAGGUAAUAAAUGUAUGGAAUCUAAAAAAAUACCGACUGGAAUGCAGAAAAUGCAAAAUAUCGAUGUAGAAUUAGCAGAUGAAAGAGAAAAGUUUUGUUUGGAUCAAAUUUCGCCGUCUCGGCCUUUAUCGCCCAUAACACUUUCAUCAUUCAGUUCGAUUAUGAUCACAUCAAUUGACGAUCAUUUUGAAGCUAGCGAAGAGUGUCGUAAUGGUGUGAAUCAAUUCGAUUCAUCAGGAAUAGUUCGCCGAUGCAUAGGACCACUUUUGGCCAUUGUUUUCGGGUAA